AUGACUAUUGUAUUUUACGUAUUGUUUGUUAAGAAUACACCUAAUUCUGCUUAUUACACUGCAUUUUUGUUCACAUUUUUCAUAAUUAUUCCAAAUCCUUUGGCCAAAAUCGGUUUUUGUGUUGGUGCGGCAAUAAUAUUCUUCUUUAUGAAGUCGGAUAACUACUGGCUCACUGUUGCUUGCCUUAUUAUUAUGCCUACUGCCUUUGUUUUCCCAAUUUUUGAGCCAUUCAACUGCAGAAUGAAACUCUUACAAGAUCCAUAUCAGAGGUCAUUUAAUUAUUCUUCAUUUUAUGGAAAACAACUUUCAUAUUCAGUUUUGAAAUUUAUUAAGCCGGAAAACAGCAGCAGUUGUGUUCUUAUUAUAGGAAAUCAAACAUUAAAUGAACAAUUAACACUUGCCAGCAAAAUUAAACCAGAAAAUAAUCAAAUUUUUGUUGAAUUUGUUGAUUUUACACAUAAUACUUAUAAUAAAGAGCAACAUGACAUACUAAGCAAAUCUAAAUCAGUUGUAUUAAACAUUGGCGAUCAGAAAGGCUACAAUUCUAUAAAUCUGAUUUAUGAUUUCUUAAAUAUCCAUUAUACACUGUUCGAUCGUGUCACAGUUAUCAAUGAUUUGGUUGCCAAACAGAAUUCGUCAGAUUUAAUUGAUAUUUCUAAGAUUCAGACAUUUUCCGGUGAACCAUCAUUUGUUAACUCAUAUUUCAGCUGCAGACUGAAUCAAACAGAAGCAAAUUGCCAAGACAUUAUAAAACAAUAUAAAACUACUCAUCCAGAGGAAAAUAAUUUUUAUUUCCAUUAA